GGCAAAGGUUCGAAUUGGAACCGCCAUUUCGCAUUGCGCCGCCUCGACGUCAUGGAGGACUACAUCGUGCUGCGGCCGCUCGCCAACGCCAUCUACGGGCGCAUCCUCCUCUGUCGACACGUCUCGACCCAGGCGCGCGUCGCCAUCAAGCUCCUCGACAUGGCGCAUGCGACCGCCCACACGACCGUCGCCGACGGCCACACGGUCGACGAGAACGUCGUGAACGAGCUCGCCGUGAACCUCGCCGUGCGCGACGCGGGCGGCCACGACCACAUUUGCCCGCUCCAGGCGCACUUCUACUGUAUCGAGCACACGGACUCCGGGACGCGCACGAUGCUGGCGCUCGUCUUCGCCUACUGCCCACAAAAGGAGCUGCUCGCGACGCUCUCAGCAGCAACGCGCUUUGCCGAGGCGCUCGCGCUGCGGUACCUGCAUGAAAUCAACGCGGCGCUGACCUUUCUGCACGCGCGCCACUUGGCGCACCGCGACGUAUCGCUCGAGAACGUGCUCCUGACGGCCUCGGGCGCGUGCCAGCUGUGCGACUUUGGCUUGGCGACCGCGGCUGCGACGCAUGCCUCCGCGCCGGUCGGGAAGCUACUGUACAUGGCGCCCGAAGUGCGUCGCGGCGGCUCGUACGCGCCCAUGCAGGCCGACAUGUGGUCGCUCGGCGUCGCGCUCUUUACGAUGGUCGUCGGGCGGUACCCGUUCAACGAGGCGGUCGCGACCGAUGGCUUCUACGCCACGUACCGCCGGGGCGGCCUCGCGAGCCUUCUCCACGCGCACAACGCUCACAUGCCGUCCGCCGACGUGCAGCACAUGCUGCGGCACCUCCUUGAAGUGCACCCGCGCCGCCGAUGGACCUCGAUGCAACUCGGGACGUACUUGGCGACGUCGACGUCUUUCGCGACGCUGCUUCGUGGCUGCCCGAUCGUCGCAACAGCCACGCCGACGCUCGCACCAAGGACGCCAUUGCACAUGACGAUCCGGUCGCCUGAAUUGUUGGCGCCGCCGCCAACAGCCAAGAAGCCAUCGUUCUCAAGUCGUCUCAAGUCUUCCUGGCGUCGGUGGCGGCCGUGGCGUGCGACUGCGCCAACCUCGGCCGCGUAGAAGACCCUAUCUUUUCGUCCUGCAUGCGUGUCCCGUCCUCGUCGCCGUCUUUUCUAUUAAAUUCUAGCUUUUUCUUCUGGA